GUGUGCUGUUUCCCAGUGCGGUGGACACGUUUGGCCCUGAUGCUAUCAAUAUAUAACCCGCAUUAUGCUCAAUGUGAUCACAGCACAAGCUGAAAGACGACCGAUGCUCCACUGAUUCUCCACGGUUUAUCAUGAGAGCUUUUUCUAUCUUCUUCUUUGUCCUGUUGCUCUGUAAUCUGUACAGGGCAGAAGAACACAGCCGUAAUGGUUUUAUUAAAGUGUAUGAGACUCGGGUGUCCAGGUCAGAGGGACAUCGAGAACAGCCGGAGCCUCAGCUAGACUUCUGGGAGGAGCUGAGAAACCUGCGGGAUUUGGUGGUGCUGCAAGGAGCAGAGCUGAGGCUCCUGUCAGCAAAACUGGCAGCAAGCGACAGUCUGCUGCACAUCCUGCAGGAGGAGAAUACAGUGAUGAAGGACAGGCUGACUGCAGCAGAGACUCAGAUUGGAGAGAUGCAGAAGGAGGCAGAAGCUGAAGCUGCAGAGCUCACAGGAACUCAGCAGAAACUCAACAUUGUACAGGAUAAGUUAUUAGUGAAUGUAGCUCAUGUGGAAGAGCUGCAGGAGAAACAAGAAGUGAUGAAGGACAGGCUGACUGCAGCAGAGACUCAGAUUGGAGAGAUGCAGAGGGAGGCAGAAGCUGAAGCUGCAGAGCUCACAGGAACUCAGCAGAAACUCAACAUUGUACAGGAGAAGUUAUUAGUGAAUGUAGCUCAUGUGGAAGAGCUGCAGGAGAAACAGGAAGUGAGCAAAGUGGCUUUUUCCACCUCUCUACUGCUGACCGGUGAAGGUAACACAUUCUACAAUGAGUUUACCACUCUCGUCUAUAAAAAUGUGUUUACCAACAUUGGAAACCACUACAGCCCAAUCACAGGUUACUUCACUGCACCAGUAAGGGGAGUGUAUUACUUCAGAUUCACAGGCCAUCUUUCUUCUGAUGCUGACUAUUUAGCGUUGAGACUUGUCAAGAAUGAAGAGCCCAUCGUUCGAGCAGGGGACCUGCCUACUGAGAACGAAUAUGAGGAUAAUGUGUCCAACGGAGCUGUGUUGCAGUUAGAGGUCAACGAUCUUGUUGCCAUACAGUUAGAUGGUCAAGUCUGGGAUGACAGUUAUCAUAGAACAACCUUCAGUGGUUUUCUUCUCUUUACCUUGUAGACGUUAAUCUGUAGAAAUAAUGAACAAUAUUAUAAAUCCCAAUCUGUUUAAUUUAUCACACAAAAAAUCCAGGCGUUUCAUUAUUUAAUUUUCCAAAGUUCUUUGUCAUUCACAUAUUUUACAAUGUGAAAUACAAUAGUCAAGUUGUGUUUGGGUCCAUAAACCUUUGAUAACGAUCAAAAAUCAAGGCCUACCAUUUUUUUGACAAACUUUAUGUUCAGUAAUUGUCCUACUUUAUAUUUGUUUUUCCAGCAUCUUUAUUGUGAUAUAAUUGCUGUUGUAUUAGAAUGUUGUUUAUUUAAUCUUUCUACAUGACUAAGCUAAAACUGAAUUGAACUGAAUAAACUUUUUU